AUGGGAGGAGGAGCACGACAAGAAGAUCCUGGUUCGCAUAGAAUGAUUUUACUACACCAAGAUUUAGAAUGGGUUUUGGGUUCUUCCUGGGAGAAUGAGCUGCCAAAAAUAUUAGGCUCAACUCUUUAUGAAAAUUUAAAUAAGCCUCGUAACGCACGUUAUGAGAGUAAAUGUGGCACAGAACAAAUUGGCAUAGGUCAGCGUAAGAAGGAGCACGAAACUUCUAAAGAUUUUAUGAUUGGAUUAUCGACAGGAGAUAUGGAGGCUGUAGAAAAAUUUUUACUUGAACAAAAUUGA